AUGGAAUCAGGCCAUUUAGACUGGGAGCAGGCAAAUGAACUAGAGCUUGAUUCUAUUGGCCUGGAAGAAAAUACUUCUUCAACCGCCUCAGAAUCCGACUGUGAACCCUUUGAAGGAUUGGACCCGGCGGUUUAUUCUCUGUUUGAUAAUUCAGUGGAUCCAGACGGAGACGCCAAUGGUGAAAUAAGCUGGGACGACUAUCUUUUUGAGGCACUCAACCAGCUGGCUGAUGAGCCGGUCCCAUGGGAAUUUCUGACUAAGAAACGGCCGAAAGCAGACCAACCGUCAUGGUAUCCCUUCAAAGAAAAGGAGUAUCUAAUUGGCUCACUCAUGAUGGGCUAUAUGCACCACAUCAUGUCCCGCAACAUAUAUGCACAACUCCGCCUGAUAAUUUCCUUGACCGGUUGCAAGCUUCCACACUGGAAGACAUUGGUGAAGGCGCGUGUGGAUAUCCGAAAAAUGCUGAAUCUCAAGUUGCAUCAACGAACAAGUAUCCUGAACAAUGAAUGCUACUCCGUUAGCUUGUCCGCAUUGCUGAAACAGGCCUACAUCCGUGAAUUUUUGCACAUUGAUUCCUCCGGCGAACAUUGCCCAGUGGCGAGCCGCAAUUGGGAAUACAUAAAGGAGCAGUCUGUUGAACUGUGGGAAUUAGCUCAGGAUGGCGUCAAAUGCCAUUACGAUGACCCCUCAAAGGAGAAGGGGAUUUGCGAUACCAUCAACAGACGCUUUGUUGAAAAGCUUUUUGAUAAAGCCAACCCCAAGCUCAAAGCCGAAGUCCUCCGGCUGGCUAAAGAGGAUCUUGAACGCUUGUUCAAUUCCUUCCUGAAGUUGAAAGCACUCCGUUCAAUCACCUCGCGAGCUCGCCUCGAAAACCACGAAACACACACCCAAUUUUACGCGGCGGAUGAAGUGACUGCAAUUUUUAGCCAGAACAGCCUCAUCCAGAUGUCCAUGGGUUACAACAAUUUGCUUAUGAACCCCGGAAAUGGCUUCCCACAUGUCAUGCAAAUCCCUCUGACCAAGCAAGAUGUGCAAUCAAUCCCGCUGUACUUUGAUCAGAUGCCUAACACCCAUCCAAAACAAGUAUGCCAGUUGAGGCUGAGCAAGAAGGACAUUAUCAAGAGGGGCUUCUUUGUCCUGGCCCUUGCGGUCAAUCAGCAAAUCAGAUUAUUGGCCGUGUUGAAUCCUUGUGGGAAUGCAGGGAUCAUAAUCGCGUGA